GUGUGUGUGUGUGUGUCGGGGGUGAGGUACGUGCGGACAGUCAGGGCUGAGGUUUGCGUGUGUUUGCGGAGUGAUGGAGAGAGCGGUGCGGUGCGGGAUACGGCUUUGCGUGUUGCUGUUCGCCACAGCUCUGCUCACAGCCGCUCAGUACGAGAAGUACAGUUUCCGCAGUUUCCCCCGUGCGGAGCUGAUGCCCCUGGAAUCCACUUACCGCUACGCUGCGGAGCGCUUCGCCGCCGGGGACUGGAGGGAGAGCAUCAGGUACCUGGAGCGGGCGCUUCGCCUCCACCGGCUGCUGCGGGACAGUCAGGCGUUCUGCAACCGCAACUGCAGCCACACCGACCCCGGACCGGGCCCCGGCCCCGAGUUUGCGGAGCUGCAGGAAUUGAGCGCUUUCCAGCACAUCCUCCACCGCGCCGUCUGCCUGAGACGCUGCAAAGCCGCUCUCCCGGUGUUCAGCCAAACCCCGGCACCGACCGACACCCUCCGGGACUUCCAGACCCGUCUGCCCUACCGACUGCUCCAGGACUGCUAUUUCCAGACAAAUAACUUAGAGAAGGCGAUCGCCGCGGCCCACACCUACCUGCAGAAGAACCCGAAGGAUGUGGCCAUGCAGAAGAAGAUGAGUUAUUAUAAAACCAUCCCUGACAUUGAGAACUACCUCAUCGACAUGGAAUCACAGCCACACGAGGGCCUCUUUCUGAAGGCUGUUAAAGCCUAUAACAACGGUGAUUUUCGCAGCAGUAUCUCGGACAUGGAGCAGGCACUGCCCGAGUAUUACCGAGUGCACCACGAGUGUCUGGGCAACUGUGAGGCAUCGCAUGAAGUCACUGAGUUCAAGGACUUUUACCCAGCGGUGGCCGAUCACUAUGUGGAGGUGUUGAAGUGUAAAGUGGAUUGCGACCAAAACCUGACCCCCAAUGUGGGCGGCUUCUUCGUGGAGAAGUUUGUGGCCACAAUGUAUCACUACCUGCAGUUUGCCUACUACAAACUGAACGACAUCAAGAACGCUGUGUCCUGUGUGGCGAGUUACAUGCUCUUUGACCCAAAUGAUGAAAUCAUGCAGCAGAACCUGGUGUAUUAUCGCUUUUACCGGGACAAGUGGGGGCUGGUGGAAGCAGAUUUCGUUCCUCGUGAGGAGGCGCAAUUCUACUACAACCAGACGUUGUUACAGCGCCACCUGCUGGACUUUGCAGAUAACUACCUCCAGCCGGAUGAUGAGAUGGAGAUCUCGGACGAGGUGUUUUCCGAGAGUGCGGAAGAAAUCACGGAUGAAGAAUUUGAAGGAGAUGGGGAUUUUGAGGAAGCAAUCCUGUCAGACUGGUGGCAGGAACCCAGACAGAAAGGAGAUGUGGAGGAAGUGACUUACUGAACAUUCGGAGGACAGAUACGUGACACUGUCCGAUCACAGUGGUGGCAAGAGUCCACCUGAGAGGGAAGAAUGAAUUUGAUUAACAUGUUUGCAGUUAUUCAUAUGGAUGGGUACAAGAGAGGAUGAGGGAGAUGUGGAGGGCAGGAGGGGCGGGGAGAGAGAUGAGUGAGAGAUGAUACGGGAAAGGUUAAGAAAUUGAGUUUGGCCAAGUUGCACACUGAACCAGUGACCUCUGCUGGAGAUCUGUGAUUGCGUUUGUGAUGCUGUCACCAUAUUUAUUGAUGCACCUUUGUGCCAUGUAUCCCAUGAUGCAACAUGACAUAUAACCCAUGAUGCACCAUUGGUCAUACUAGUCAAUGUGUAGUUCGGUAUCCCAUGAUGCAUCAUAAGGCCCACCCCAUGGUCAGGGCUGCAGAUUUGUUUUUUGCGGCAUUGUUUUUGUCAAGAUUUGCGGAGCUGGUCACGGUCAAUUUGAGCACUUUGAGACGUCUAGAAGACGUGAAAAGCGCAAUAUCAAAUCCAAGGAUUAUUCUUAUUGUGAUUAUUGUUAACUUAGUGAACGUCAUGGGUUUACGGAGAAAUGUCACAGUACCUGGAGCAUUUUUUCUGCCGUGACAGACCUGCAGCCAAAUGGACCUAGUGGUUGACUCUGAUAUCUAACCUGUGAUGCACCAUUGGUCAUACUGGUCACCGUGUGGCUCGGUAUCCCAGAGUGCACUCUGGAUGGUCUCUGGUGGUUCACUGAACUGAGCUUGAAUCCAGGUGAGCUAAUUGGCCAUUAUGCCGUAUGAUCCAACUUGUGUGUAAUUUUAGCCAUUUCUGUGCAAAAGAAGAAACUAUUUACUUGACAGUAUCUUUCUCUUAGGGCACUCUCCGUCAGGGCAAUCAAGUCUGUACCUCCAUGGAAACAACAACAACAACAAAUUGCAAUGAUAUAACACCCUUCAUGUCGGGAGGACGUACCAAGGUGCUGCAAAGUGGUAAUGGAUGCCAGUGUCUGGCCAUUGGUCUGCCUUUGAGAUGGACUGUGGUGGUUGACUCUGAGAUAAACUGAGCCUGAAUCGAGGUCAGGUCCAUGGCCAUUAUACAGCUCAUCGGUCAAAACCCCGGCUUGGCCCAUUCUAGACAUGGAGCUCUGAACUGGGCCAUGUUUGAAUCAUAGAAUCAUAGAAUAUUGCAGCACAGAAGGAGG